GAACAACAAUUGGUAAGUGAAGAUAUUUUAAAAAAAAAAACAAAAAAAAAAAAAAAAAAUAUAAAUGAACCUCCAUAUGUUAAACAUAAACUAAGACCAUCAAAUUCGGAUCCUUCCUUGCUCACAUCUUAUUCUAAUAUACAUGCACUUCAAGAAACGUUGACAAGGAAACCAUAUCAUUAUAAUACCUAUUUUUUAAACAACCCUGAAAAAUAUAGAGAUAGUAAAAUGAAUCCAUAUUUGCACAGAUUGCCAAAUGACUACUUGAAAAAAUUCGAUCAAGAUGAAAGUGAUGAAAUAGAAGAGGAGGAUGAUAUUUCAGAUAUAGAUCAAAAUAAGAACCAAAACAAAGACCAAAGUAAGAACCAGAAUACGAACAAGUUAGAGGGCAACUUGUCAAAUAGUAAAUGUCAAAACUCUAACGAUGUGUAUAAAUUUUUUGAAAAAGAUAUUAAUAAAUUUCCCAUAUACUGCGACAUGUUUAAUCAUCUUAUACAUCCAGAAGCUUUACGAUUACAUGAUUUAUAUAUGAAAAAUAAAAAAAACAUUGAUUCUAAUAAUACAAUGAAUGAUUUAGGUAAUAAUAAAAAUAGUCAUAAAGUAGUAUAUAUAAAUACUGAAGAUGGAGAAUAUUGCAUUAGGCCAUACGAUCCAUCUGUUUAUUAUCAUGAAAAAUCAUGUUAUAAAAUUUGCGACUUAGGAAAUAGUUUGUGGAUAGAUGAAUCAAGAUAUGCAGAAAUCCAAACUAGACAAUAUAGAGCCCCUGAAGUUAUUUUAAAAAGUGGGUUCAAUGAAACAGCAGAUAUAUGGUCUUUUGCAUGCAUGGUAUUCGAAUUAGUAACAGGAGACUUUUUAUUUAAUCCACAAAAAGGUGAUAGAUAUGAUAAAAAUGAAGAACAUCUAAGUUUUAUAAUUGAAGUGUUAGGAAAUAUACCAAAGCAUAUGAUUGAUGCAGGGUAUAACUCCCAUAAAUAUUUUAAUAAAAAUAAUUAUCGACUUAAAAAUAUAAAAAAUAUUAAAAAAUAUGGAUUAUAUAAAAUAUUAAAAUAUAAAUAUAAUCUUCCUGAAAAGGAAAUUAGCCCUUUAUGUAGUUUCUUAUUACCCAUGUUAUCUGUAGAUCCACAAACUCGCCCCUCAGCAUACACCAUGCUUCAACACCCAUGGCUUAAUAUGGUAUCAUUAGAGGAAGGGGAUGACAUGUAUAUUAAUGAUGAAUCAUAUUCAAUUAAUAAUGAUAGAAACAUAAAAAAUAAUAGUAAUAGUAAUAAUUUCAUCUAUGAUGAUUAUAAGGGUAGUAAAAAUAAAAAUUCUUCAAAUAGAAAAAAAAUUGAUGUAAACUACAAGAUUGGAAAUAAUGGUUAUAACGAUCAUUAUUAUAAUAAAAAUUAUAAACAUGAUAAAAAUUUUAAUGAUGUUGUAGAACAACAACCAGAUCAAUAUGUGCAUGCAAAUUAUAAAAAUGAUGUUGUGCAUGCAAUUUUGUGUGAAAAACCAUAUAAUUCAAAUAAUGUCAUUUCAUACAGUAAUAACAAAGGACACAAAAAUAAUUUGGAUUUUAACUAUUCACAACAUAAAAAUGAUAAUAAUUCGGGCGGACAUAACAUUUCAUUAAAUACAAAUGAUUAUACAUUUAAUUCUGAUUAUAUUGCUAAUAUGAUGGAUAAUGACACAUAUAGAAAACACAUAAUAAAAAAUAUUCCUACAUAUGAAAUAUCAAAACUAAAAGAUGGUAAAAAUUUUAAGGCAUAUAAUGAAUCUAUUCAAUAUGCAAUGGAUGAUUUUCAACAAUACAAUGAAAAUCAUUUUGAAUACAAAUAUAAUAAGAGAUUUGAACAACCACAUCAUAUAAAAGGAAUGAAACAUAACAAUGAUGAUUAUGAGGAGGAGGAAGAUGAGGAUGAUGAUGAAGAAGAUGCUGAUAAUGAUGAAGAUGACGAUGAUGAAGAUUAUGAAGAUGAAGAUAAUUAUGAUGAAGAUAAUUAUGAUGAAGAUGAAGAUAAUUAUGAUGAAGAUGAAUAUGAUGAUGGACAAGAACAUCAUACUGAUCAAGAUGAACAAGACAACAAAAACAAAAAACAAGAACAACAUAAAUAUGGUGAAGAAUAUAAUUAUGCACAUUAUGAAAAUAAAAUGGAUUAUAAUAAAAAUAUUCAACAAUAUUCAUGUACAAAUAAUAAUGAUGAUAAAAAUAAUUUAUGUGAGGCACAAAAUAAUUAUAUAUUAAAAAACAAAACAGAUAUAAAUUUUAAAGAAUGUACAACACGAAAUAAUAUCAAAAAAGAAAUAAAACAUGAUAAAUAUCAAUCCAGUAAAAUUAUAAAUCAAAAAGAUAAUUAUUGGAAUUACCAAAUCAAAGAAAACACAAAAUUAAGAGAACACGCAAAAAAACAACAUUAUAAUAACAACAAUAAUAUCAGUAAUAUCAAUAAUAAUAAUAUAAUGAACCAAAUAGAUACCAAAGAUCAAAAAUCACCAAAUUCACAAGAUUUAUCAAGCAAUAACAAUAUGGAUCAAAAACAUGGUGCAUUACAAAAAAUUGAUAUGAACCAAAAAACAAACCAAGACAAACCAUUAAAUGAAGAAGAAAAUUUAUUCGAAAAUAGAGAUGACCAGAAUGUUAAUAAAAUAAAUUGCAAAGUUAUUAACAAAAAAACACCUUGCGCAUAUACUUAA